AUGGAACUCAGUCGCAUCAUCGCCAACCUUCUCAGAGCUCUCCAGCUCGCCUCUGCUACCAUCGUCACCGGUAUCACAGGUUAUUUCCUCUACAAGUCCAGUGCAGACACGUGGGAUCUUGGACGCUUCAUAUACACCGAAGUAGCGUCCAGUUUGGCUAUGCUAGCGGCGAUUAUCUUCAUGCUGCCAUUUACCGACGCCUUCAUCCAAGUGCCAGUCGACAUCAUCAUGAGUUUACUAUGGUGGGUGACAUUCGGGUUGCUCUAUAGCUUUCUCGGAUUCCCCUGCGAAUGGGUGUUUGAAUGGAUGGGCGUCUCACCAUUUGAUGAGCAGUGUGGGAAGUUCAAGGCCGUGGUUGGCUUCUCAUUCGUCUCUGCCAUUCUUUGGCUAGUCUCAGCCAUUCUGAAUUGCCUCAUCAUCCGCCGCCAAGGCCGUCAGGAAGACUCUGACGUCAGGAACCACUAUCGCCAACGGGAGAUGCGGGAAGCUCAGACCGAAGUUUAA